AUGCCAGUUACCUCUGGAGACAAUGCCCUUCCUCCAACACCCCAGCAGCACGUCCAGCCUCCCCCAUACAAUCCCCAAGACUACGCCAACCAGCCCAAGACCGACCAAACCCUUCUCCCUCCGCCGCCCAAACGAAAUGUCAACCGAUACAGCGGCGAACAAGACGUGCAGUCGCCUGUGCACUAUACCCGAGAUCCCAAAAAACUCGUGGCUUACCUCGUCCCAUUUCCCAAACCCCGCCUACCCAACAUCCCGCCCGAGGACAUCCCUACGCGUUUCCUCAUCUACACCCCACCACCACCUCCGUUCGUCGACAAGCCCGCCGAAGGGGAAAAGGAGGGCAAGGUGCAUAAGGUUCAGCGCAAAUGGCAGGAGGAGAUUCGCGAGGCCAAGACUAGCAAAGCGGAGACAAUGUCUUGGAAGGAGAUGCUCCUCAUCUACCCAUCCUCCAUGACCAGCACCGCCGAACAAAUGCGCGAAGAGUUUAUCAACACCAUGAUGCGCUCCAAAACCAAGGCCCAGCGCGACGCCGUCAUCGCCACCGGCCUCCUGCCCGUCAGCGCCGCCAUCGACAUCCUCCUCACCGUCGUCUGGCCCUUUGGCGGUCUGCUCGAAAUCGACUCCGUCUGGGCCUACGCGAGCAUCCGCGGCGCAAAAACCAGCCGCUCCAUCACCAAACGCCUCACCAGCACCUCCACCUCCGGCCGCCACGACGAAGACACGCUGCACCUCGACUUCACCCCUUCGCCUCGCCUCGCCGUCCUGGAGCAGUACCUCGCCGCCCGCUGCCACUCUCGCUCCUCCGACAUGUUCCCCAGCACUGCCCUGUCGCCCGGAGAGGGAGAAGUGCUGGAGUCCAUUGGCUGGUUCCCCAGCAACAAGGGCGGCGUGGAGCGGAACUGGGAGGACGAGCAGUGGGAGAUUUCCGAGGUCAAGGAUGACUUGCGCAAUGUCAUGGGCAAGGGAUCAAAGGAAUGGGUCAAGUGGUGCGAGUUGUAUGCCAAGAAGCCGGAGAAGGCUCUGAAGAAAUGA